AUGCAAUAUGAAAGGUACAUACCACCAUCCAUUUGUAAUUUGGGUGAUUUAAAAAAAUUAGAUUUGUCUCGCAACGAGCUAACAGGAACUAUCCCUUCUUGUAUCUUUAAUCUCCAAGCUCUCACUCAUUUAGAUCUUUCACAAAAUUACUUCCAAGGAAAAAUACCCCACAGAGUUCAUUUUGGUAUUGACUCAGAUCCUGAAAUAAGUGUAACCUUAAACUUAUCGAAUAACAAUCUGCAUGGCCCUCUUCCUGUUCCACCACAAAAUUCUUACUUAUUUGAUCUAUCAAACAAUAAAUUUAGUGGUGAAAUCUCAAUGGAAGCUGGAUUAAGAUUAUCUGGUGCUAAAUAUGUUUCUUUAUCUGGGAAUAAAUUGGUGGGUUCAAUACCAUCCACGUUCUGUCGAAAAGAUAAUUAUUCCAAACCAAGCCUAAGUGACAUUGAUCUAUCGAACAACCAGCUGUCUGGGCCUAUACCUUCGAGCGUGGGUAACUGCCUUCUCCUUGAAUCACUAAACCUUGGCUGGAAUAAUAUCAGUGGAAAUGUUCCAAAUGAGCUUGGACAUGCAACAAGACUCACUAUUAUUCUAUUAAAUGACAACAACCUAAAUGGUUCUUUUCCUAAUCUCAGAAAACUUCAGAAUCUGGAAUUUCUCAACUUGGGGAAAAACAAUUUUGGAGGAAAUAGGAAAUUGGAAGAUGUUACAAAUUCAGGGGAUCCAGAGCAUACUUUUGAUGUUGCGUACCAACUGAAAAUGGUCAUCAAAGAGACAAUCGUUCAGUUUAAACAGCUUCAUAGCUAUAGUUCAGGAAUUGAUCUAUCAUGCAACAUUCUUGAAGGAAACAUCCCAGAAGCGAUAGGUCUUCUUAAAGGGGUUUCCAUGCUAAAUCUAUCAUACAAUCAUUUAUCAGGUAGAAUCCCACAUAAUGUCGGAUACAUGACAGGGACUCACUUUGAUACACUGAGUUUAGACGGUUCAGCUUUUGCUGGUAACAAUCUGUUGUGUGGUUUCCCUACUCAGAAUUCUUGCGAGAGUGAACAAAAUGAUGCAACGGGAUCGGAAGAAGAUGAUCAACAAGACGCAAGUGAAGCUGAGGAUGCAAAAGAGAGAUUUUUGUUUUAUAGCAUUGUUGCUUUGGGAGGAAAACUUACAGGUCACAGUUAUGUGGAUACUCUAUUGGAGAAUCCCACGGGUUUUAUAUAA